AUGGGUGCACUUAAACAUUGUAUAGCUAUAACAUUUGCUAUAUUAUGUCUUUUAAUUUUGUUGGGUACUUUUGCCAUUGUUGAUUAUCAAAACGUUCCUGAACAAGAUAUAUCAAAAAAUACUGGAUAUCCAAUAUGGCAUCCUCCAGUUGAUGGCAUAAAUGGUAGUAGAGGCAAUGAUGAAACAUUCGUUGCAAUAACUCUUUUCUCAACUAUUUUGAUGUUUUUAUGUGGAUAUUUCAUUAUGAAAUGGACUUGCAAUGUUAAUAAUAAUUAUAAAAAUAAAAGAAAAACGACAUUUUUUGUAUUAAAUGGUGAUAAAACGGUCCCUACAUUUGAAUUUGAUGUAACUUUAGGUGUUUAUUGUUUAGUUACGGCAUGUGCAAGUCUAACGGUUCUUUGGACAGAGAUAGGAAAAGUGUGGGUAUCAAUUGGAUUAUUACAUAACGCAGUUGAAUUUAUGAUAUUAGUUAAUAUGCAUUAUGGAGGAAGAAUUACUUCAAGUAAAUUUUAUGGAAUGCUUUCACUUUAUGUUUUGAUUUCUGCUGGAUUGACUUUUUUCUUAACUUGGCCUUAUGAUGCGGCAUGGUUUAGAAUGCAAGGUCUUACUACUGAUUGGGCACUUUUAAUUCAAUUCACACGAACAUAUUUUAACACAAAAAAACAUAUUAAGAAUGAUUAUAGUCUUAAUCCAUUAAUUGGAGACAAUGAUGAUGACGAAAGAGGAGAAAGAAGUGAUGUCGUUUAUAAUCCAGAUAAUGGUGUAGUUGUUCAUCUUCCAUAUCAAAUAUUGAUACUAAUUGUAGCGUCAGGAUUUCAUAUAUUUGGCAAUUGCUUGGCUACUAUAUUUAUUGAAGAAACGAGAAUGUUCGAAAUGUUCGCUUUUUCCUACGCAAUUGCAUAUUCUGCCUAUGCAUAUUUUGUAUAUUUGGAUACCCAGGCAAUUACAGUUCUUCCACAAAAAGUUAUUCAUUUACCUGACACCAUUCAUUGGAAAAUUGUAUUGGUAACAAUUUUUUCAUUGACGUUUUCUCUCUUAAUUAUUAGAUUAGGUUUAGCCAAUACAGGUUAA